AUGUUCUUGUGGAAAGCCGUGCGCCAACCCACAUCACUCUGUCGCCCAAUAUCUCGAAAGCACCGUCCCAAAUACAAUGUCUACGCGUCAAUCGUGCAUCGCGCCCGUCUAAUAUCCACAUCAUCUCCUGGAGCUGCCGUCAAUCCCACAGUCGAGCUCGUUCAACAGUUUCGCGAUCGUGUUUGGCAUGCUAUCACCAGCCCCGAUGACCUUUCCAGGGUCCACGAGGCUUACACUGCUCUCAGAGGAGCCAUAUUCACCUCUGAAGAUGCUCAAACGGAGGCGAAGGAUCAAAAAAUACUUAGCAAAGCUGAUUUUAGCGAUGCUCUGGACGUCCUGGCCUCUUCUGGGGAGCAAGACGAUCUCACUCUUGCUCAACAAAUCUUGGGAGAUGUACUAGCUUUGUUUGGAGAAUCUGUCGUACCAGAACUCGAACUUGCGACCAUCAAGAACCUAAUUCGUCGUGGCAAUGUUCAAGCUGUUUUCAAUUGGAUCGAAAGCAUGGAACACCCCGACCUCAGCCAUUGGCAUCUCUUUUUCGAUUUUUGCUCAAAGCAGGGGAAAAUUGAUGCCAUGUGGGUAGCGAUCAAGCGUAUGUCUCACUCGGAGUCUCCCCCGACCAACGAAACUUUCAAAUUUAUACUGCGCGCACUCUUCCAAUCAUCAUCUGUUCCUAGCCUUGCGAAGGUUCUUCACGUUGUAGAUCACCUUCAGCAAGCGCGUCUUCCUUUCGACGCCUCCCUCCUCUCGCUGAUGGUUGAAGGCUUCACCAGCCGAGGUCUUUUUGUCCAAGCGAACAGACUGGAAGUAGUAUAUCAGUCGAGGAUAGGUCAGCGGAAGCAUACUGCGCCUGCGACAGAGCGAGGCCGCAACUAUCGACUUGCGAAAUGCUACCGAACUGAAGGAAAGCAAUUCGCGACCCACUUGUUCAAUUCUUUCCGACAACGUGGUUUCAAACCUCAUCAUGACACUUUACUUGCGAUCAUCAGCGCCUCAUUUGCUCUUGAGGAUCUUCCAUAUUGGGAGGAGACAUUGGGUGUCGAAGCAAACCACGACGUUUGGACUGGUUUGAUCAAAAAUUCACUAGCGUCAAAGCGUCCUCAUUGGAGGACGCUGAAGAUAUAUGCGCAGGCCAAGGAAGUAGGAAUUCGACCCGAUGUCACGUUGGCCGGACCUCUCAUACGUGCUCUCUGCGCAACAUACGUACGCCCCCCUACUGCUGAAGCUAUCGACCAGGCACUUGAGUUGUACCGAGACAUCAACAUUCCUUCGUCCCAGGCUUCCGGUGAAGCCGGGGGCACAGCAGAAGCUGCGGCGCAGUGGCUCACCAUUCAUCACAUCCUUAUUCGCGCUUUGAUUGCAUCUCCAGCUAAAGAGAAGCAUUUCAAGAUCGCUGUCGAAUUAUUGAAGGACAUGUGCAGGCGCAAAGAACCCAUGGAUAGCACGACCGCGACAUCGCUCACCACCCUCCUUAUGCGCGCAGCAUCUGAUUUCAACGAAGCUUUCGUUUUCUACACCUUUAUGCGAGACUACGAAGAAGCUCCCCUUGACGCUCAUGGAUACGCUACCAUCUUGCACACCUUCAGCGACCUACAGUUCGACAAUAAAACUAUCCCACCAUGGGACAAAUAUUUCCAGAUUCUGAGGGAUAUGCGUACCGCAGGUCAUUCAUAUACCCCUCACGUUUACACGAGCGUUUUGCGUCAAAUGGCUAGGAUCGCAACGGGACUCUCUCCGGACGACCCGGGCGAUUUCGAUGCGUAUCGAAAGCUCAUCCUCUCUAUUAGACAACUGCAUCACUUCCUCACACUCGACGCCUCUCUGACUCCGGACACGGCAUUGUGGAAUCAGUUGAUGGACACAUACCAAAGAUCAUUAUGCUACCAGGAUGCACAACGUAUCUGGGAUAUGCUCUACCUUUCCCGCGCAAUCGAUCAAACCAGCAUCAGCAUUAUCUUCGAUGCUUAUGGAUUCGCAGGUGCUUCGAAGGCCGCCUUUCGGUUAUUUGAAAAGCUUCACGAGGACGGCUACCGGUUAAACCUCCGGAACUGGCAUGCUUGGUUGGAGUGUCUGUGUCGUUCAGGCCAGUUCGGGGAAGCUGUAAGGCAAUUGUGCGUUGAGAUGGGGAAAGGAGUAGAUGACGUGGCGCCUGACGAGGACAGCGUUCGCAUAAUUCUCAAGUUUGCUCGCCAUUAUUCUGCGCGGGUUGUUGCAGACGUCCGUUCACGCAUUCAGGCACACCUUCCAGGACUGUGGAAAACACUUCCAGACCAUCUACGUCACUGA